GCGACGCAGGCGCCGCCGAGGAACCUACUGGCCCGCUCAGGGCCAGUUCUCCCCAGAUUCAGCCACAACAUGGCAACUGUUUUUAUAAGGAAAAUGGUGGUUUCUGCUGUGAACCCUCUCCUACAUCUGAGUCGUUGCGCAGUGACACCCCGUGCUCUUUCCACGCUCCUGUUGGGUCCCCUGCGCGGUGCAGCCCCGGCAGGUGUGAAGCCCAGCGCCGCGGUGGCCUCACCUCUCUCCGGCCAACCCCUGCCCUUCCUGCAGCCUGCUCUGGGGUUCAAGACCAAGGGCGUUAUCAGGAAGCGCUGCCGGGACUGUUACAUGGUGAAGAGGCGUGGGCGAUGGUUCAUCUACUGCAAGACGAACCCUAGGCACAAGCAGAGACAGAUGUAGCACCUUUGGCUGUGAACAUAACAUGCAAGAUUGUACCAUUUCCUUGGGUUACCUUAUCGAAGAAAAAUAAAAUGUAAACGUUCUGUUUUCUAAAACUGUU